GUGCGCACGUGCAGGGACGCUGGCUCUGGAGGGGCAGUUGAGGGACAGUUGAGGGUCAGUUCUGUUGCUAGGCUACGAGGGUUCCGGACGAAACAUUCCAAGCCUCUGAGCUUCGCAGCCAAGGUGUGGCAGCGAGAUCUCUGUGGCUUUUCUGUGGCGCUAGCGCUGAGAUUGGGACGUGGCAAGGGGUCAAGCGGGAAGGGGGUGGUGUUGGAAGGGGAAAGGCCGGAUCAUGAAGAAGGUGAUUAAGUUCAUGAGCUGGGUGGGCGUCAGGAAUCCGGAGAGUCCUGAGCCUUUGAACAUCAUCGAUAAGAGUGAGCUGCCAAAGCUCCACAGAGCUGCAUAUGUAGGCUAUGAUGAACCAUUGCGGAAGUUGCUGUCACGUAAGAAAAAUGCCGUAGACAGCAGAGACAAGAACGGCAGGACUCCGCUACACUUAGCCUGCAUCAGCGGCUGUCCAGGAGUGGUGGUUCUCCUUAUCCAGUUCCAUUGUGAUCUGAAUGCUCGUGACAAGGAAAGGACGACAGCUCUCAUCAGGGCUGUACAAUUCCUGAACAGGAGAUGUGCCGGUAUCCUGCUGGAACACGGUGCUAACCCAAACCUUGAGGACGGCAGUCAAAACACUGCUCUCCAUUAUGCCAUCUUGGAAGAGAGUGUGUCGAUUGCAACACAGCUGCUCCGCCAUAAUGCAAAUAUCGAGGCGGUAAACAAGGUAUAGCUCAACUAACUUUAU